AUGCCCAAAUGUGCAUUGCACAUGGGAAAACACAAACUGGGCAACGGCUUCUGCUGCAGUUUGUCAGAGAUCAGCUGUGCUUCUCUGGCAUCAGCUCUGAAGUCCAACCCCUACCAUCUGAAAUACCUGAACCUGAGUGAAAACAAGCUGCAGGAUUCAGGAAUGAAGCUGCUGUGUGAUUUUCUGGAGUGUCCACACUGCAGACUGAAGACUCUGAGAUUGUGGCGCUGCAGUUUGUCAGAGAUCAACUGUGCUUCUCUGGCCUCAGCUCUGAAGUCCAACCCCUCCCAUCUGACAGAGCUGAGCCUGAGAGGAAACAAGCUGCAGGAUUCAGGAGUGAAGCUGCUGUGUGAUUUUCUGAAGAGUCCACACUGCAGACUGAAGACUCUGGGAUUGUGGGACUGCAGUUUGUCAGACAUCAGCUGUGCUUCUCUGGUCUCAGCUCUGAAGUCCAACCCCUCCCAUCUGACAGACCUGGACAUGGGUGAAAACAAGCUGCAGGAUUCAGGAGUGAAGUUGCUGUGUGAUUUUCUGAAGAGUCCACACUGCAGACUGCAGACUCUGGGGUUGUGGCGCUGCAGUUUGUCAGAGGUCAGCUGUGCUUCUCUGGCCUCAGCUCUGAAGUCCAACCCCUCCCACCUGACAGAGCUGAACCUGAGAGGAAACAAGCUGCAGUAUUCAGGAGUGAAGCCUCUGUCUGAUCUUGUGGAGAGUCCACACUGCAGUCUGCAGACUCUGAGCUCUCAGAUCAGUCUGACUGAAGCCUGCAAAGAACCAUCAUUACAUUUAGUGACCAUGUGGUCUUUGCACAGAGCAGAACCUCUGCUGAAGUCCAAAUGUGACUGAACUCUAACAGCAGUAAAUCCAUCAUUAAAGUGAGCAGUGAAUGUCUCUCUGUUUCUGCAGUAAUGAU